GAGCAGCUCUGCCACCUGCGUUUGGGGUCGUGGGGAAUCGGGGCCACGCUGUGCAGAUGUUAGCACUACCCUUAAUUGCUACUCAGUUAAGCAGAACGGGGUGGAUGUUGCCGGGGUGCCAGCAUCACGCUCUGCUCUUUGCUGCGACCACUUCGAGGCGGAAACUCGAGGGGAGCUUGGGUUUCUCUUCUCGCAAAGCUUUUUGCUUUAAUUAUUAACUGGUGCCAGGCAGCGCUGUGGCUUCUGGCUGGAGAUAAGCCAGGGGCUGGUGAGGGACUGGGGGGAGCCCGGUGGCCAGCAGCUGCCCCCCAUGCCCUGGGCACGCAGCCCCUCUGUGGUGGCUCCUGCAGCACCCACAAUCGCAGAUGGGGUGCGGGAGCUCCAAUUUGGGGGGGAUGAGGGAUUUGGGGCAGGCACAGAGUCCCCGGGAGCCAUCGUCUGGCUGUUGUGGGAUGUCUCCCUGCUCCCGGCCGUGUUUGUCAGCGGUGAGGCUGCUCUUGUCCCGGGCUGGUGGAGGCAGACGGGCACCGUCGGGCUAAAAAUAACACCAGUAAAUAAAAUGCUUCCUCCUGGCCUGGCACGCAGGAGCGAAGGCGCAGGGAGCUUGGAUGUGCCCAGCUGCUGCUCCAUGGCAGAGCCUGCAAGGUUCUGGGCUGGUGCCACCAGCUCCUGGCCCAGCUGGACCCUUCUGCCCGGCUUCUGGGGACACGGUGGCCCUUGGCAUCCCCGGUGCUGGCAGUGGGAUGUCACAGGUGGGUGCUGGAAGGCUGGAUCCUGGAGUGACGUGCCGAUGUCCCGCGACGAUGCCCGUGUCUGCCCUGUGCCCUGACUCCGUGCUCGCUCAGCCUUUCCACCCACAGCGCGGGACUCCCACGGGGCCGUCACGCCUGGCACGUGCCCCGGGGCCACCGGUGACGGGCUGGAAGGGCGCGGGACACGGCAUCCCUCUCACAGCCGUGUCAGCCCCACGUGCCCGGGCAGCGAGGUGUCAGCAGGAGCCAACCGCCCACGUAGGGCUGCUCACGGUGGGGCACCCCACUUCACACACACACACCCCCACUCCCCCCGGGUCUGGGGCACCGAGCUGCCAUGGGGCCAAGCUGGGUGCCAGGUCCAGCAGGAGCUGUGAUGCGGUGGGAAGGGGGGGCCACCACAGUGGGUAGCAGGGGACACAACCCCAUCCCUGGUCCCCUGUGAUGCCCAAACCCCUUAGGAAGCCAUCCUAAUCCCCAUCCCUGCAGUGAUAGGGCCCUGAGAAGGUUUGGCUUCACCUUCCUCUUCCUCUUCCUCACCUGUGUCCUACCUGGGGGGGUGGUGUCAGCUGAGGCUGCCUGGCCCCUCCCUGGGCUGGGCAUGGCUAUAAAAGCCUAGUACCAGGCAGAGGGUGGCACAGGGAGCUGGGAGCUGUUGACAGGCACAGUCACAGCAGCAGAGAUGGCAACGCUCUACCCUUCCCUGGAGGACAUGAAGGGCCACCAGAUCUUGCAGGCGCAGGCAGCUGCCGGGGUGAGGACCCCCGCCACGACGGUGGUCACGGAGAAGCCAAAACUCACCUCGGGCACCAGCAAUGCAGCACCACCCAUGCUGUACCCCAACCUGGCUGAGCUGGAGAACUACAUGGGACUUGCUCUCUCUAGCGAAGAGAUCCAGAAGAACCUGCUCCCAGAUGACAGCACCGCACUGACCCCCGCUGGGACCUCCCCAGGCCAGCUGGUCGCCCCCCUGAGCGGGAAUAACGCGGGGCUGCGGCGGGCAGAGAUCAAGCCGGGCGUGCGGGAGAUCCACCUCUGCAAGGACGAGCGGGGCAAGACGGGGGUGCAGCUGAAAAACGUCGACCAGGGCAUUUUUGUGCAGCUGGUGAAGGCCAACUCGCCGGCGUCACUGGUGGGGCUGCGCUUCGGUGACCAGAUCCUGCAGAUCAACGGCAAGAACUGCACGGGCUGGAGCAGCGACAAGGCGCAGCGGGUGCUGAAGAAGGCGUCCCCAGAGAAAAUCGUCAUGGUGGUGCGGGACAGGCCUUUCCAACGCACCGUCACCGUGCACAAGGACAGCACUGGCCACGUCGGCAUCGUGGUCAAGAAGGGGAAAAUCGUGUCGCUGGCCAAGGACAGCUCUGCUGCCCGCAACGGCCUCCUCACCCACCACUACAUCUGCGAGGUGAACGGCCAGAAUGUCAUCGGCAUGAAGGAUAAGCAGCUCAUGGAGGUGCUGGCAGGGGCCGGGAACGUGGUGACACUGACCAUCAUCCCCACCGUGAUCUACGAGCACAUGGUCAAACGGCUCUCGGCGGGGCUGGUGAAGUCCACCAUGGACCACUCCAUCCCUGACCUCUGAGGUGAUUGCUGCCAUCCCGGGGGGCCAACACCAGCGUGGGCAGCCCCCGUGGCCAAGCCUGCACGUGCUCCUGGAAGCUUGGGGGGGACUGCUGAAGCUCCCCCCCGCAGCGUCCCCAAAUGAAGUUGUUUUAGCACAAGAGCUCUCAUCCCUACAAAGGCUGGUGGCUGCGGGGAGGAGCAGGGGGACCACCAGCUCAUGAUGUCCCACGUGUUCCCCUGGCCCUCUCAUCAGCAGGGACGCGACACGACCCCCCUCUUCCUGGGGUCCCCGUGUCCCCCUGUGUCCCCGCUCAGGCCAGCCCCCCUCGGGGCGGACGCCAAAGGCUGGCUCCAGCCAAAGCAGACACAGACCCAGCGACGUUUAUUACAUCCACCACAGACAGCGAGUACAGGACCAGGGGAAACAAGAAAAGGGGGGGGGGUUACAGCUUUUUCAGUUCUGUAUUUAAAAAAUAUAUUAUAUAGAUUUGUCUUUCAAAUAUAAUCGUUACAUUUAUUUCUUGGCAAAGCUUUGGAUAGUCUAACA